ACCCAGUGUGCCUUAUUUCCUCAGACGCCGCUUAGCUGGGGAGAGCUGGGAUGGAAGUGUUGUGGAAGUCGAUGUGGGAUGCAGAACGAAAUAAAAUAGUGAAAAUGCUUUGGAUGCAAUGUUUUAUUUAUUAAAGCCAGUUGGACUGAGGGUUGUAAUCGGUGCAACAUUGUAACGUGCCGAUUGUGAUUGUCAAGUUACGCAGCAACAAAGUCAGUUUGGGCUAGCUGUCGUCUCUACGCGGUUUAACGACUUUAUUAAAAAUUAUUGUGCGUUGUUUUGCAUUUGUGCCUUUUAUGGUCUGACUGCCAACGGCUACUACAAUAUCUAAACCUUAUGAAACGGCAGAAGUAAAACGUGAAUGUUAUUGUAGCAUAUGCUAACAUGUUGUGACUGUUAGCAUGACAGAUACCCUGUCAACUCAACUCAACUAUACACGUAUAAGUAACUUAACGGUGCUACAUUGACAUUCCUGCUGUUUAAUCUUCAUUUAUUUUAUAUUUAUACACGGAUUAUAAACUUUAGAUAGAUGUUUCGUAGCUUCCUGGUUAAAACUGUGGUUAAGAGAGGAAAUGCCCGCGUUAGCAUAUUUACAGUAGUAAGAUAUCCAGUUCUGCAUAUAGCACAUAUAGUUAUAACCAUAACAUAAUUUUAAACUAUUAAUAAACUAUUAAUUAAAAAGCGUUUGUAAGUUAAUACAAUAAUAAAGUUAUUACAAAUUUCAUAUUAGACAUAUGUAGUUUAAUUCAAAAAUGAAAUGCAAAGCAGGUUUUUUAAAUGUUUAAGAAAUGUUAAUGUAAUGUUACAAAAUAACAGUUCUGUGCAAUACAUGACAUUGUCAUUGUGAGUUUAUGAAUGACUCUGGUUUUAAAUAAAAACAGCAAAACCUAUAAAACCAUUGUUGGUUAGUGUGUACAGGUAGAUCAUGCUCUUUGCCCAGGUGAAUCGAGACACCCAGGGCAUGGAGUUUCAAAGUGUUGAUGGGGACCCACAGCAGGUCACCCUUUGCUUGACGGAGGCAGUAACAGUUGGAGAUGAUAACAUUGAUGGGAUGGACACUGUGAGUUUGCAGGCAGUGACUCUGGUGGAUGGCUCCACAGCAUACAUUCAACAUAGCCCUAAAGUUUCUCUCUCAGAAAGCAAGAUAUUGGAAGGACAAGUGAUCCAGUUGGAAGAUGGAUCUUCUGCAUAUGUCCAGCAUUUACCUAUGUCUAAAACAGGUGGAGAAGGAUUACGACUAGAGGACGGACAAGCUGUGCAACUGGAGGAUGGAACAACGGCCUACAUUCAUGCACCUAAAGAAACAUAUGAUCAGGGUGGUUUACAGGCUGUUCAGUUGGAGGAUGGCACCACUGCAUAUAUACAGCAUAUGCCACAAUCCAACACCAUCUUGGCCAUACAGGCGGAUGGCACUGUAGCAGAUUUGCAGACAGAGGGUACUAUUGAUGCUGAGACCAUCAGUGUGCUGGAGCAGUACUCUUCCAAGAUGGAGGGUACAGAAUGUGGCACAGGACUACUUGGUCGAGGAGACUCAGAUGGUAGUGUCCAUAUGCAGAUUGUACUGCAGGGUCAAGACGGCAGAUCACCUAGAAUUCAGCACGUUGGGGAAAAGGCCUUCCGCUGUGAACAUGAGGGAUGUGGAAAACUCUAUACGACUGCUCAUCAUUUAAAAGUACACGAAAGAUCGCAUACUGGGGACAAGCCAUACAUUUGUGACCAAAUAGGAUGUGGAAAGAAAUUUGCAACAGGAUACGGCCUCAAGAGUCAUGUCCGAACACACACCGGAGAGAAACCGUAUCGGUGCCAGGAACUCAACUGCCUUAAGUGUUUUAAAACAUCUGGAGACCUACAAAAACACACACGAACACAUACAGGUGAAAAACCAUUUAAAUGUCCGUUUGAAGGUUGUGGGAGAUCUUUCACCACAUCCAACAUUCGCAAAGUUCACAUCCGUACUCACACAGGCGAAAGGCCAUAUUACUGCUCUGAGCCCAACUGCGGAAGGGCCUUUGCAAGUGCCACAAACUACAAAAACCAUAUGAGGAUACACACAGGGGAGAAGCCUUAUGUUUGUACUGUGCCUGGCUGUGACAAGCGCUUCACUGAAUACUCCAGCCUUUACAAGCAUCAUGUGGUUCAUACACCUUGCAAACCCUACAACUGUAAUCACUGUGGAAAGACGUAUAAGCAGAUUUCUACCCUGGCCAUGCAUAAACGUACGGCGCACAACGACACUGAGCCCAUAGAGGAAGAACAAGAAGGUUAUUUUGAGCCUCCUGCAGAGGCCAUUGAUGAGCCUGGGUUAAUGUAUACACCUUCAGUUGUGGAGGAUGACUCUGGGUCCGAGCAGGUAUCGGGUGGGUCAGAGGUCAUGGGACAACAGCACGUGGCUCUCAUAUCUCAGGAUGGCACACAACGGGUUCUUUCUCAAGCAGAUAUGCAAGCUAUGGGAGGAACGAUAACCAUGGUAACACAAGAGGGAACGACCAUAACCAUCCCAGCACAUGAAGCAAUGCUUUCCUCAGGAGGGGCACAUUCUGUUACCAUGGUUUCUGCAGAUGGCACAGAGGGACAGGUGGCUAUUGUGACACCAGACUUGUCUGAGUACCAGACAGAAGACGGGGAGCUUGUGCAGGAUCAGGAACAGCACAUAGUUUCCACGAGUCCACACCCAGUCACACUGCUGGCUACCUCUAAUGGCACACACAUUGCUGUGCAGCUCAGUGAUCAGCCCUCCCUAGAAGAAGCCAUCAGAAUAGCAUCAAGAAUACAACAAGGGGAGACCCCGGGAAUGGAUGAUUAACUCUUGCUUUAUAAUUUAUUGCAAACUCCUCAAGAGUGUGUCUGAGUGUGUGUGUGUGUGUGUGUUUGUGCGCAUGUGUAUUAAAAACUUGUCAUGCGUCAUAGUUUUUAAUACUGACAUCAUGAUUGUUAUAUAUCAAGAGGACUUAAAAUAUUUUUGUGUGGAUAUGUACAUAGCUGUUUUAAAACUAGAGUUUUUCUGUAUAUAUUUGAUUAUGCUAUUUUUUGCAAUCUGCCAAGGAAAAAUCUGCAAUUAUGAUUAAAAAAACGAAUGGAAUGUGU